UUGCCGACAAGCUUUCGAUAGCGGUGUCAAGCCUGCCCGCUCGGUCCCCGCGCUUUCGAACCCUCCAGGAUCAAGAGAACGGUCAUGAAUCCGAUUCAAGCUUACCCUGCUGAGGGCGUGGUCGUUCAAGAUGCGCAUCACAGUCACUACGCGCCCGAGGCAGCUAAUAACAAAACCGGUGCUGGCACAUAUGUAACAUCUGAGAAUGAGUCGCAUAACGUUGCGGCCGGGAACGAGGUUCUAGAACGCGAUGCGCAGACCAAGGGACGGUGGUUCCAAUACCUCAAGACGAAACAAUUCUGGAUCACAUUGGUCCUUGGGCAGGUCCUCGCUCUCUGCAUCACCGGUACAAAUACACUAUCGUCUCUGCUCGCGGAAGAGGGUACAUCGAUCCCCGCCUUCCAGUCCUUCUUCAACUACGUCCUCCUCAACAUAAUCUACACAUCUUAUACUCUCUACAAAUACGGCUUCAAGAAAUGGGGACGACUCGUCAUAAAAGAUGGCUGGCGGUUCUUUAUCCUCGCCUUCAUGGAUGUCGAGGGUAACUACUUCAUCGUACUGGCGUAUCGUUACACUACCAUUCUCAGCGCCCAACUGAUCAACUUCUGGGCCAUCGCCGUUGUCGUGAUAAUCUCCUUCUUCUUCCUCAAAGUCCGCUACCACUACACGCAAAUUUUCGGCAUUCUUCUGUGCAUCGGCGGUCUAGGUGUAAUCUUUGGCUCCGAUCACAUCACCGGCACGAACAACUUUGGAGCUACGGACCAGGUCAAGGGCGAUCUUUUUGCGCUUCUAGGCGCCACUUUCUACGGUCUGUCCAACGUAUUUGAAGAGUGGCUUGUUUCCGAACGGCCGCUGUAUGAGGUUGUUGGCCAGCUUGCUUUCUGGGGCAUGUUCAUCAACGGUACGCAAGCGGGUAUCUUCGACCGCGCCGCCUUCCGCAGUGCGACUUGGAACGCCAAGGUUGGAGGCUACCUUACCGGGUACACACUCAUUCUUUCGCUCUUCUACUCCCUUGCACCGGUCCUGUUCCGUCUCAGCUCUGCUGCAUUCUUCAACAUCUCCCUUCUGACAGGAAGCUUCUGGGGUGUGGCGAUUGGCGUCAAGGUUUUCGGAUUGAACAUUCACUGGAUGUACCCCAUCGCCUUUGUCCUCAUUAUUAUUGGCCAGGUUAUCUACUUUCUGCGACAGAGUAUGGUCGGUGAGGCGUUGAAGCCAUGGUUGGGCAAGGAUCAGGAAAGAGGCCAUGCAGGUGUGGGUACGGCGAAGAAGAGGGUCGAGAGGCCUGAGGCUAUUGUCUAGGAGUAGAUGUUAUGAUGGCAACGCCAAAGGGAUGAUGUUGGCUUUGCUUAUAAAAUCAACUAAACAUACGAACCCUGAUGAAACAUUCUGAUAGCAAAUGCUGUUCUUCUUGGUCGAUUCCAUUGGCGAAGAAGACAUGUAAAUUCAAUGUCUCAACCGAUCGAGCAGCUACGGAAUGAGCAUCCUCCGUCCAUACCACCCUCGUCUAUCAGCCCACCCUAUCGACCAGUUGCGAUGCGCAGUGAAAGAUUCCGUUGUGAUGACGAAGU